GGAAUCCAAAGGGAGGGUGGUUUUACAGCCAGUGUCAGGGAAAAAAUACUUUCUUUACACUCCUGCUGCAAACCAUCCUCCUACAGGAGGUGCUAAUAAGAAUGCAGGCAACUCCGGUACUCGGUAGCAGCCGAUGGACAUGCGGGGCGAGAGAACAGGCGGCGCGGCGGGUUGGGCAGGCUGCAGGCAGGCAGUAGUGGGCAAGCUUUGGCUGGCGGAGGUAGCAGGAUAGAGGAGUGUCUUUAACUCUCGCUUGCUCAUCUGCCGGCCAUCAGAUAACCUUCCAUCUCAGGUCGUUACGGAAAGUGAAUGUGGCAAACAGUAUCGGAAACGGAACGGGCCGUGACCAGCUCCAGUUGUUGGUAUCAUCGGUGGAUAUUUCUAACCAUCGUUCUGCUGCACCAUGAGUUACUUUCCUCACCAUCAGGGUAACGACAUGGCCGAAAAUCAGCAGGAGUCCGAGCCUCUGCUGGACGAUGAUGAUUAUGAACUACUUCGCUGUGACUCCCUGUUGGCGCGAGUGGGCUCUAACAACUUUGCCUCGCUCCUUGAUAACUCCACCCCUCCCAUCGUUGUGAAUGAGGAAUUGAAACCCCAGGAGAUCCAGCCACCACCUCAGGAUCAGCCUCAGACUCAGCAGCAAGAGGCAGCUGAUAUCCAGCUUAUCAUUAACAGCGCCCUGUCAAUGGAAAAUGGCAUCAUACUUCCAUCGAGUGAACUUCCUUGGGAUCAAACUGAAAACUGGCAAAAUCUAGAGGAUGUUACACUGGACACCACCACCCAAGGCGCUCAAGUUUUGCAGUGUGAUACUCCUGUGGGUCCAUGUGAUGGCAAUAGCCACACUUCUUUUAUACCUGACAGCUCACCUAACAGCCAUGUGCCUUCCCUCCAGAGCUGGCCUGGCCAGUAUGACUUUAAGAUAUCUCUCCCAAUUGGAAAUAAAGAUAGAAACAAGUGGUGCUAUAGCAUGCUGCAGAAUAAGGUGUACCUGUGUCCCCUCAUUGCUGUGCCAAUACAUGUGAAACUUCUGCAGUGGUUUGAUGCAUCCAUCACAAUCACCCCAGUCUUCAAGGAAAGUCGCCAUCGUGUAGAGGCUGUGAUGCCCUGCUUCAAUUGCAAAAAUAAAGUAAACAGUGAUGUUGCUGACCACCUGGUCAUGGUAGAAGGACAGGAAUGUGUGUACAAGCAAGUCAAUGAACGCUAUGUGGUGUCGGUUCCUCUCCACCCUCCUCCACCUGGAGAAGUAACCUCUACAUUACUGGUGAAACUGUCAUGCCUCCAGUCAUGUAUUGGGGGACCCAACAGGAGACCUUUUUGUCUUGUGUUUACCCUACACGACAGCUCUGGGAAUGUCGUUGGGCGUCAGGUGCUGGAUUUGAAGUGCUGCAGGUGCCCAUCACGAGACAUGCUGAAUGAAGAUAAGGCUGAACAAAAACGUCAGCGUCCUUCGCAGCCCAUUAACGACUUUCAUCAGCUGGAUCGUGUUCAAGCACUCAAGAGAUCAGCAGCACCUGUUGCAACAACUGGUGAAAAGAAGAAGCGUUUCAACAUCAAGAUGGAGCCUGGAACAGAAAACCGCUACAGAUCUGUGACAGUUCCAGUGGAGUUUGUUGGCAAAGUGAAAACAUACAUUAACAGUCUCAUUGCUGAGGACUAUAUCCGUCGAAACCAGCCCAACAUUCUUCUGUUUUCUGAAGAUGAGCUUUAAGUAUUUCUAAGCAAAGUGGUGUGAGACUUUUGUUUUAUACAUAUUUCUAUGUAAAGAUCCUUGUCUCAAAAUAGCACCAGACUACAAUGGAAUGGAUUAAUUGUGAUGUUUUAUGGAAUUGCCCCCCAUUGCACUACAGAGAAAUGUUGUUCAUAACUGUUGAAUGCGACAACUUAGAUUUGAUUUCGGAGUAAUUUCAGGUGUAGACCAAACUCUCUCUCUCUCUCUCUCUCUCUCUCUCUCUCUCUCUCUCUCUCUCUCUCUCUCUCUCUCUCUCUCUCUCUCUCUCUCUCUCUCUCUCUCUCUCUCUCUCUCUCUCUCUCUCUCUCUCUCUCUCUCUCUCUCUCUCUCUCUCUCUCUCUCUCUCUCUCUCUCUCUCUCUCUCUAACGCAUGCCAGGGCAGGCAACAUCUCUCACCAUCUCAUUUUCAUGCCCACCCCUUUCAUCACUCCACUUGAUUUCCCAUUAUAGUCAUACCACAUGAUAUAUGCCUUUUUGUGCAUAAUUGAUUUAUCUUUAAUAUUUAAGUUCAUGUGGCAAGAUUUUGUUAUUUGUGGAAUUAUUUGUUAUACAGCAUCAGUUAGUGAAUUAUAUGUAGUAAACAAUUACAAAGUAUCAUGAAUUGAUAUCAAUGUUAAUUAAUUUUAAGAGCAUAUUAUGUCCUGUUAUCAGUACCUAGUUGUUUGUCUAGUUGCUUCAAUUUCUUUUUUACGUCUAUCUAUAUACUCAUUUCUUAUACAGCUCUAUAUUUAUGUUUAUUUUAAAUAUGUAUAUCAUAUUCAUUACUUACGAAUUACGGUUUGCCAGCCCAUGAGAUACACAUCUUUUUUAGAAAUAAAUGUACAACUUGGGUCCAGUAUGCUUAUACUUAAAAAAAAUAAAUAAAUAAAUAAAAAAUAUGUAUUUGUAAAACAGGAAGUGUGCUUUAAGUCAGGGACAUCUUAUGGGCUGACAAAUGCUACAUUCAAGCAUUUAUUCUUAAUAUUUUUGUACGUAACAUAAGUCAUGAAAAACUCUCAUUCAUUUUUAAAGACUAUGGAACACAAAUUUUUUCAUGAUUAGUAAGAGUAGUAAGUCAUGUCAGAUUGGUUAAUUAAUAAACUUGAAAAAAAGUU